UUCAUCCAAAGGCACGCGCGCGUUUGCGGAGAGUACAACUGCAAGCCCUUUAAACUGAUGUGACCCAUUCCGAGCGUGAGUCACCCGACUGCACAUUCUCUCACUCAGUGAAUACCGGGUUGCGGAGAGAGAGAGAGAGAGGAACGGCAACUUUUUAGCAGAAAGCGUGCAGAAGCUCCCCGCCGCAUCUCGAGACUGCUGGCAUCCGCCAGAAACAGCGCGCGCGUAUCCAGCGAGACGGACCGUUAAAAGAUGUGAUUAUUUUCCCUUUCUGUCUCCGACAGGUGUCUUUAUUUUACAGAAGAACAAAGAUGAGAAUUAACUAUUCUGAAGCCACUUCGAUCCUCAUCAUCCUUCAGACGCUGUGGUGGGGCUUGAAUAGUCAAUGUGAGGAACCAAUAGAAAGCUCCAAACUCGACCUCUCUGUGACCUAUGACCUCCCUCACUUUGUGUCUGACACACCCGUCCAGAAGCUGUUGGAAUUCAAUGGAACUGUGUAUGUAGGUGCUGUCAACAAGCUGUACGCUCUGUCGAAAGACCUCAAGAAGAUACACGAGUAUAAUACCGGACCUGUCCAUGAGGGUCAUGACUGCAGUGCACCAGAUCCAUGCAGUGGUUGCAAAAACAAACCCCUCAACAAGAACAACACCAAUAUGGCCCUGUUGAUGGAGACUUUCUAUGAUCUUGAGCUCUUCAGCUGUGGUUCGGUUGGGAACGGCGUCUGCCAUCGUUACCUGUUAGAGGAUGGACCCCUGGAUGCGGAAAUUAGUUGCAUGUAUUCAAAGAAGAACAAAGACAGCAGCUACGGUUGCCCAGACUGCCUGGCAGGACCUUCAGGCACUCAGAUCCUAAACGUGAUGAGCAGCGGCGUCGUGAGGUUCUUCGUCGCAAACUCUGAGGUUCUUGACUCGACCGUCCCGCGUCUCCACCACACUAUCUCCGUUAGGAAGAUGAGAGAAACUCAAGACGGUUUUGAGUUCUUUUCCAAACAGUCCUACAUGGACUUGGCCCCAGGGCUGCGUGGAAACUACCCGCUGCACUACGUCUACUCCUUCCAGAGCGGCCCAUAUAUAUAUUUUCUCACUGUCCAACGAGAAGGUGGCAGCUCAAACGCCUUCCACACAAGGAUCGUACGCAUGUGCUCUUCAGAUCCUGAGAUUUUGCGCUACGUUGAAAUGCCCUUCGAGUGUAUUUACUCCGAGCGAAGAAGAAAGAAGCGCUCGGCUCAGGUGGUUUUCAAUGUUCUCCAGGCUGCACAUGUGGCAAAAGUCGGCUACGACUUUCAGCAGGAGAUGGGCCUGAAAGAAGGAGAGGACGUGCUGUUUGCUGCCUUUGCCCGGAGCAAACCCGACUCACCGGAGCCCACGGCCAGUUCUGCCGUUUGCCUUAUCUCCAUCACAGACAUCAAUAACUUCUUCAGGGAUUUCAUGCAGAAGGGAUACACGAGGAAGCUCAGUCACUUUCCAGGAUCAGAGGAUAAAAACUUCAACCAGAGCUUUGCAGGAGAUUCCUUCAGCUGUGGCAAACACGAAAGGGGCUACCGGCUAGAGGUUACAAGCACCAAUCCGCGUCGGGACUACUUCCACGGACGCUUCCGGAAUGUUCUUCUCACUUCCAUAGCCGUGGUGCCCAUCCAAAACCACACUGUGGUCAGCCUAGGCACAGCUGAGGGCCGCGUCAUCCAGGUGGUGGUUUCCCGCUUUGGCAAGACGGAGCCGCAUGUGGAUUUCCGCUUGGACGCUCUCCCUGUGUCCUCCGAGAUGGCGCUGCUGUCUCCACAGCGUCAUGACGGCUCCUUAUUGUUGGUAACAGGAAACAAGGUCUCUAAGGUUCCUCUGAGAGGCCCUGGAUGUGAACAGCUGUGGACUUGUAACUCCUGUCUUCUGGCUCCAGCCUUCAUGGGCUGCGGAUGGUGCAAGACCAGUGAUCGCUGCACAAGGGCUCCUCGGUGCUCCCCCUCCCAUUGGAUCCAGGACACUUGCCCCCUCCUUAUCACCACGAUUUCUCCUUCCUCUGCUCCACUCGGAGGUCACACCAACAUGACAAUCUGUGGCAAAAACUUUGGUUUCAAUAAGAAAGAUCGCUUUGAUACCAAACUGAUUGACGUGGUGGUUGCUGGAGCAAAGUGUAAAUUGGAAAAGAAAGACAGCAGCAAUAAUCGGUUGGUCUGCGGACUAGAUCAUGUGAACGCAUCCAGCGCUGACUCUGUGGUCAGGGUGCACAGUGGCAAGGAACAGGCCCAGAAAGACGGUUUCUCAUUUGUGAAUCCUGUUAUCACAGAUAUCUUCCCAGAGUUUGGACCCAAGUCUGGCGGAACAGUACUCACUAUCACAGGCUCAUUCCUGGAUAGUGGAAAUAUGCAACUGGUUACCAUGGGCAAUGCUACCUGUGCGCUGCAGAGUAUUUCAGCCACAAUGUUGACAUGUCGGACACCCCCUCAGCCAUCACCGUCCCAACACAAGGUUCAGCUGCACAUUGAUGGAGUGAUUCGUGAAGCUCCUGUCAGCUACACCUACAACGAGAAUCCACACAUCUCCAGCGUCCAGCCCAAGCAUUCCUUCAUCAGCGGAGGAAGCACGGUGACAGUCAAUGGUUUCUACCUCCACUCAGCCCUCCAACCUCAGAUGGUUCUCACUGCCGCCACAGAGGGCAAAGUCUUCCAAGUGACCUGCAGUCAUGAUGAGGAUAAGCGAAAUAUCCUUUGUAUCACACCCUCCCUGAAAGGCCUCAGUGUUCAGCCUCCAGUUGCCACAAAAAUGACCUUCGUGUUAGAUGGUUUCUCCACUGAUCAGUAUGACCUACUGUAUGUUGAAGACCCCAAGUUUGAGGAGUUUCAGAAGCCCACAGUUACACCGAGAGGCAACAAGAGCAUUCUGGAGAUUAAGGUCCCCCCUGUGAAUCAGGAGGCGGUGAAAAACGGCGAGGUGCUGAGAGUUUCGAACCGGACCUGUGAGAGCGUCACUUUGGUGGGCAACACGCUCGAAUGCACCGUACCCAUGGAGCUCCAGUCCGCCGCCAAAGAGCUGGAGGUGGAGGUACGAGACUCUUUCAUUCUCUCCUCCACUUCAGACCACUCCAGUCCAGACCGGCCUGCAUAAGAGCCACUCAUCAGC